UACUUAUAUAUGGCGCGCGACCAAUAUUCUAUUUAUUCAUUGUUUGUCGGAGUAGUUCAAGUGAGAUUGGCAUCAUUAUAAACCAUGAAGAUGAUAGUGGACUUCAAAUAUGCCUAGGUAAUCAGAGAAACUGCCGAAUAGUCUCUACAAUCUUCCCAAAGGUCAAAGGUCGCACUACAAACAUCUCUCUUAUCUCACCAGAGGACUAUCAAUGGUCGAAGUUACUUCGAAGAGAAUCAAUAGUUCCAACGUCACCGCAUAGUGAACUUGAUCUACUGAUACCUUUUUUUUCCGAAAAUGUUACCAUCAAUAAACUCCUAUUCUAUUCUGUACACUCUUUUCGCGUGGUUUUUGGGAGUGUGCUAUGGAUUCGUGUUGCUCUCUUCAGCUGCCGGACAUUUUAGUGAUGUUAAACUUUUCGAAAUUGGUGAAUCUCUCCGAUACAAGCUGCAAUCGACUGUUUUAUUGAACGAAAAAGAUUUAACGGCUAAAAAUGUCGGGUUCUUCAUCGAUGGAGAGGUGGUUGUCGAUGUUAUUUGGGAGAAUGAUAACCAGAAAGUACUCAGGAUACAGCUAAAAUCCCCCCAACUUCACAUUCGAUCAAGGAAGGCUCCUUCCCCUGAUGGAUUCAAAGCACACACUUCAAAACUGGACGAUGUAGUCAAUAAACCAUUUUUGAUCGUAUGGAAAGAUGGAAGAGUUGAAAAACUGCUUUUACCGAAAGGAGAAACUCUUUCAUUACUGAACUUCAAGAAAGGAAUAGCUAGUUUAUUCCAAUUCCAACUCGUAGAUGGGCCAAACAGCGAAACAGACGCUUCUGGAAAAUGUAAUGUUACUUAUUCGUCCGUAUCCCCUACGAAGUUCCUGAAAACGAAAACGGAAUGCGAUUCUCAAGGACUCCCGAACGCCAGAAAUUUAGACAAAAUUUUGGGCAUCGAAGUGAAUUCUCUCCGACGAGCCGAGUAUGAAUUGGACUCUACCUCAACGCAUAUAGAGUCUAUAAAUUCCCAAGAUAGCCAUCUAGUAAUUCUUUCUGCCAAAGAAGACUUGGGAACUCACGUGGAAACCCUCCAAAGCCUGAUCUUCAUAGAGAAACGGCGGACCGAAACCUUCUCAGAAAGCAGUCUUGAAGAAGUAAUCGACACCAUCAGCAAAAAAAGCGGGAUCAUUUUCACUCAAGAAACUUUACUCACAGAAAAAGAGUUGGUUCAACCUGAGGACGUAAUUAGUUUUCCGAAACAAGUUGAUAAUCUGCGAAACCAUUUGAAACCGGAAUACUUCGGAACCCUGAAACCUGCCAAAGUUUUUUUGGACCUCGUGAAUUCGGCAAGAAGUGCAACUGCGGCAGACAUCGCGAAAGCAUUAUCCUCGAAGAAAAACAAGCAAAUAAUAAUUGAAACCCAGCCUGAACUGUCUUCUCCAAUAAUUCGAGAUGUAGAGGAAACCAUUUUAGCCAACCUGGAAUACGCCAAAGGCGAAGAGAAGUUCAUGUACUUUAGGGCUUUGAAAAACCUAAAGUCACCUACAACAGUGCCAAUUCUUUUGAAUUAUAUCAGAAACGGAACCUCUAAAGAAGGUGUCUUAUCUUGGAAAGCAUUGCAAUCCUUUGAUGCAACCCUUUGGAAUGAAGAAGUACUAACUGCAGCGAAAAAAACAUUCUUCCAGCUUGACAGAAGACACGACAGUAGCUCCAGAACAUUCGCUGCCGACAUUUUAUUAGCAACGAAGCCAAGUGACGAUCUUUUAAAAGAUAUGCUGGAGUUUCUACUGACCCGCGACCCCGUUUACGAAAUCAAGCAAUACAUUUUCCAAAAAAUUAAACUGAUUGCUGAUGGGAACUCCGAUUUCAAGGAAAGAGUACAACGACUGAUCAGGAGUAAUAGGAAAUUGAAUAAUUACUCCGGGAUGUCGCCAAGGGGUCUGUCGAUAGCAUUAACUAGAAGGUUCCUGACCAGUGAAUCCAGUAACGGUAGUCUGGUGACGGUUCAAGAAAUGAAAUCGGGCAUUGUGAAGCGUGGUACUAUCGACCUUGUGAUGGAAAAAGGGAACAUGGCAUCCCAACUAUUGAGUCUGGGUAUAUUCUCUGGAGGCCUUCAUAGUUUCAUCUCUAGCGACAACGACGCGGGAGGAGAAGAAGCAGCAGAUGAAUCGGCUACAGCUGGUAUUGAGUUGACCGUUAUGGGCACGCAAAUUCGGCCCUUCGUCUUUUUCAAUGGGCAGGGAGAGCUAAUGGGGCACGUUUGGUCAGGCACAGCUUCUGAAAAAACACCAGCGUUUCAGGUUUUAGCUUUGCUCCAGGACAAUCUGGAACAUAUACGGUUGAGCAAUGGAUUCAUCGCCAAAGUCGACUUCAGAGGAGCUACAUCGUUUGAUCUUUCUGGAAAAAUCGAGAUAUCUCUGUGGAACAGAAAUGCCGAAGGUUUAGUUCAAAAAUCAGCUGGAAUUGUUACAACUGGAUCAACUUCGAUUGACACUAUGUUCGUGAAGUCCCAAGUGGAAUUCACUGCAUCCAUAGAAACCAAAUUAGAUCUCCAAACUGACAUAGACUUUUCCUCAAAUAUACACUUAUGCAUGAGACUGACACAACCAGAUGCGCUAUUCAGGCACAACAUUUUCAAAGUCGAGAGAAUUCCUGGAAGUAAACAUAAGAUGAGGAUAUCGAAAUAUAAAAAGUAUUCAGUUCCAGGGACGACAUAUUCGAUAAACAAGAAAAAUAAUGAAAUGUGCAGUGCAAUAUUCGGUUGAAGUGAAAGUUCUAACAAUAUAUAAUUCUCCAGAUGAGAGAAAAGAAAAUAAAAAGUGGAAUGUUGCUGAUGAAAAGUGAAGAAACAUUUUCACCUUUAGGAAAGCUGUGUCAAAGACUUUUCAUAGCUUCAAUUCUGCUCAAUCAAUUUUGUACAUAUACCAUUUUGUAAAUAAUAUUAUUACAUUAUCACCAUAACGAUCUAUUUUUA